CACGGGUUUUUGAACAAUUUUGACGUUUCCGCCUGUUCCGCUUCCCGACGCUGCAGAACGCUCCGUGCGGCUCCGAGGAUCGCCCCAAGACGGCCCAAUAGGCUUCAAAAGCGCCGCAGAGACGUCCAAGACGGCCCGAGAGGGCCCUGAACGCCGUAGCCAUUUUGGCUCAAGGUUGACACCAGCGCCUCACAUCAGCCGACAGUAUUCGAAGUUGAGUCCCAUAUUGCAUCCUUGAGUUUUAGUAGCCAUGUCGGCCGCGCGCUGCUGCUGGCUGCUCGCCGUGGCAGGCAGCUCUGCCGUCAUGGACCCAAAAGGGGAGGGCGGGCAUCUCCGGAGGCCCAGAGACCAGGCGCCUCAUAGUGGGCGAUGGUCGAAGGUGCACGUGAGCGUCGAGGUGCUGGAGAGCGGAGGAAUGCUUUUUGGCACCACCGCGAUCGAGGAGCCGGCCUGCAUAGGAACCGCGGAUCUGUGCACGCAGCUCGGGAUGUCUUGGUUGGCGCUGGUGCUCGGCGGCGGCGUCUUCGUCAUCUUGCCCAGAUGCCAGACCCUGGCGCAGCUGCUCCUGUUCGUCGGGGCCCAGAACUUCAUGAACUUGUUGUACAUGAAGGCGAUGGAGGACAUCCACACGGUCUCCCAGGAGCUCAACAUGCGGAGCUUCCAGGCGCUUCUAGUGCUGACGGCCAUGCAGCAGCUCGUGGGCUUCCUUUUCCUCGCGCUGGCGAUCCUCGUGUCCCAGCUGACGCCGUGGGCCUACAGGCCGCACACCAUCGUCAGCAAGGACCAGGCCUUCGCGGUGAUGGCCCUCGCAGUGUGUUUCACCCUGAACAUAGCCCUCAACAACUUCAGCCUCUCGCUCCUGGACGUGUCCGUUAACGUUCUGGUCCGCUCCACGAGCCCGCUGAUGUCUCUCCUCCUGCAGCUGUGCUUUCCUGCGAAGGUGGGCAUGGUGCUACUCGGCGUCAUCUGCGCGGCGCUGGUGGUCAUCUCCAAGAGCGCCUGGAAGAGGACGGCGGCCCAGAUCAACGACGGCGGCGGCGGCAGCGACACGCUGGGUCUUUGCCUGUGCAUCGGCUCGCUCCUGUUCUCCUCCCUGGAGCUCAUCGUAGUGGUGAUUCUUGGCAAGGGGUUCAAGCUGAACUCUAUCGACACGCUCAUUUACAUGGCCAUUCCAAUCGUCGUGCUUCUGUUGUUGCCCAUCUGGUUGAUCAAGCACUCCGUGUCUUAUCCUGUGCACGAGAUGGCCACGAAUUUCAGCGUGCUCGUGGAGAUCGCCCAGCUGAGCCCUGGCACUGUGGUGCUGGUGAUACUGUCCGGCAUCUGGGCCCUCGGCUACAACCUCCUGCUGUACAACAUUGUCAGGGGCCUCUCACCGUUCUUCGCGUCGUUUGCCGCAAACUUCAAAAGGUGGCGGCCAUCGCCCUGGUCCUGCUCAUGGGUAUCUGGAAGUCUGGAGGCCACCGCUGGUAGGCUGGAAGUACCUGAUGUGCGCGGGCGUGUCGGGGAACAUGGCGGCCUUCACCGCCUACAGUCUGUGGCCGCCGCAGCCGAAGAAGGAGCUCUCUGAAGAUUGCAGCAGAGCGCUGCUGCAAGAAAGGCGGACGCCUGAGGCCCUCGCCUCUCUCGCCGAGAAGCGCCGAGAAGGGCGCUGGGCGCCUUGGCAUCGAAGGAGUGCCGUCAGGCGCGCGCAUGCCGUGCGUCGAGUCAUCUCGCGCCCUGACGGCCGCUGCUAAUUUUGGCAGCGUGCGAAUCGCUGAAUCGCUGUGUGCACGGAGUCUUACCCCUUCUCUCCUCUUCCCACCCCUCCUCCAAUUCCCCGCCGGGGAGCAGGUGGAGUAUGUGUCGGUGCCCGUGUUUUUUUCGCGUUUGCUUGAGGCCUGACGAGGACACUGCCUAUCUGUCGUCAUUUAGUGAAUGUGCGGAGGGUUAGGGGGAUCGCGCAAACCUGGACUAAACCAAGGUAUGAGCUCCUCCGAUUUGCACCGCACACGAGAGAUCAUCUGUCGCUGUCGUUGUGGUGCCGUUUUUGUGCACGCAGUCUCUUGCUUGCUUGCUCUGCCGAUCGGCGCGGGCCCUCGCGCCCCGCCCCCCCAUGGAGUCCUCAUGGAGUAGAUUCACUGAGUGGAUCUUGGCUGGCCGUUUUUGGGCGCCUGUUGCGACAGGGUCGGGCCUCCCCCCUGGGACUCACUGCCCUCCUUCCGCCCAAUGUUGAAACGCCGAAUAAGAAAACGCUCACCAGCCGAGGUCUGGAG